AUGGGUUUCUUUCUUGGCGGCUUGCGCUACCGGGAACAGAUUUACAAUAGCACUGUCACACAGAUGAGCGCCUGUCUGCUCAGUCUGAGUGUCAUCAGUCUCGUGUUGCCCACAGCUUUUCACGCAUCUUUCAACGACCCAGCUCUGGCCGACAGGCAGUCGCUCAAGAUUAGCCGUGGUACCAGCGUGAUCCUUCUCCUGGUGUACGGCAUAUAUCUCUUAUUCCAGCUCAAGUCCCAUGCGUACAUGUAUGAGUCGACGCCUCAGCAUAUUGUCGAUGCCGAGGCAAUUCCAGGGCCCGCCGCCUCGUGGCUGGAUACCUCCAGCUCUGAAUCGAGCUCCGAUUCAAGCUCCGAUUCGGACUCUUCAGGUCGCUCGAGGGACACGAUGCGCAGAAAGGUGAAAAAGGUCCUUCGUGGGGGACGCCGGAGAAAGUCUUCUGUCACCUCCAUCGAUACUAUCGACACGAACGGCAAGCGCAACGGCUCCCUUGGAAAUUCAAACGCCAGUCCCAACGAGGAACUGACUUCGGAGGCAUCUUCCUCUCGUCCGGGAUUCUCGCAACAGAUCUCGUUUACCGACACGAACGCGGAGGUUGCCGUCGACGACGAGAAGCCGCACAAACGCAGCAAGAAGCAUCGCCUUCGCCGCCACAGACGCAAACACCGGAAGAACGACGAAGCAGGCGAUCUCGAACCAACCAUUAGCGAGGGUCCUGAGAACAAAGCUCUGGAUCUCGAUGAUGGCGAGCCGAGGCGCGUCGACUUUGCUGUCCAGGGUGAGGCUUCCGUCGCCGCCGCCGCUUCGACGGAGGCGGGUGCAGAUGCAUCCGGACCUGCCAAACGACCGUUUCCCACCCUUCGCGGAAUGUCCGUCAAGAACCUGGCACCAACAGUCUUUGCGCAAAAGUCGGAGACGACGGGUGGACUCCCGACGGUUACUCCGUCUGGCCCGGUCCCCCGUGUCCGCUACGGCAUCAGACGCACAAAUUCUCUUCCGGACAGGCUUCACGAUCAGUAUCAGAUCCGAGCCCCUGGCGCAAUGUUGCCCCCGCGUGUUCCCCUCGCGGCACUUGCGGGCCUCACGGGUUACGUUGGCGGCGCGGGCGGCGCACCGGUCAAGGACGAUGACGAUGAGCAUCUUUCUCGACCGGCGUCGGUCAUCCUGCUCCUGCUGACAACGGGACUGGUGGCAGUCUGCGCUGAAUUCCUGGUCGGGUCUAUUGAAGAAGUAACCAAGUCGUCGACGAUUGGCGAGAUCUUCAUCGGUCUCAUUAUCCUGCCCAUUGUGGGCAACGCGGCGGAGCACGUUACGGCGAUCACGGUUGCUAUGAAGAACAAGAUGGAUCUGGCCAUUGGCGUUGCAGUUGGCAGCUCGAUUCAGAUUGCAAUCUUUGUAACGCCCCUCAUCAUCAUCCUGGGAUGGAUCACGCACCACGACAUCUCGUUGUAUUUUACACUCUUUGAGACGGUCAGCCUGUUUGUGUCGGCAUUCAUGGUCAACUUUUUGGUAUUGGACGGUCGCAGCAACUACCUGGAGGGCGCGUUAUUGUGCGCCGUCUACAUCAUUAUCGCCAUUGUUGCCUUUUUCUAUCCGGACGGCAACCAGGCCAGCCAGUGGGGAGACUAG